AUGUCAUCUCCCACAUUCUCUCUUUCCUGCCAACCAAGUACGCCGUCGGAACCGCCGUCCUCAGCCGACGCUGGAAGGAUCUCUGGGCUAGGGUUUCGAAUCUCGAUUUCGACAACUGCCUGGUUUACCAGCCACUGCCCGGGAACGUCGCCGUCCACAACUUGCCACCGGAUGAACAGCGGAUGCUUAUGGAGGAUCGAGAGAGGAAGCUCCUGGAAUUCUCCCGCUUCGUCUACAAGGUUCUGA